AUGGUCACCAAAGCUUGGGCAUUGUGGUUUAAUCGGAAUGAAAUCAGACUCAGGGGUUCAAGGAAGGCUGGCAAGGAUGUGGUGAGGUGGGCAACACAAUACUUGGAGGAGUACUGGUUAGCGAUUAAGAAGGAGCAGUCUACACUAGUGGUGGCUGAGAGGGCUGUGUCUUGGCUACCUCCUCGGGCAAAUUGGUUUAAGAUUAACAUCGAUGGGGUUGUGUUUGCAUCUCAGAAUGCAGCAGGUUUGGGUGUUAUAAUCAAGGAUGAUAGAGAAAGAGUGAAGGUAGCGAUGAGUAAGAAGGUUUUGGUUCCGUUGGGUGCGUUGGAGGUAGAGGCCAAAGCAUUUGAAGCUGGUUUGCUCCUUGCAAAGGACAUUGGUAUCCAAGAUGUUAUUUUGGAGGGAGGCUCAUUGGUUAUUUACAAUGCUCUUUGUGAAGCAUCCUUACCACCUUCAUCAGUAGCUUUGGUUGUGUUGGGGAUAAUGGAUCUGUGCAAGGAGUUUAGGCGGAUUGAAUUUUCUCAUGUUAAAAGGAAAGGCAAAAGACCAGCCCAUUUUUAG